AUGGGGCUUCAGUUCCUGUUCUUCCCCAGCUUUUGCACGCCUCUUAUGAGUAGUCUUCUCUUCAUCGUGUCAUUGAUCACAAUCCUAUUCAGAACCAGCAACAGAACUCAGAAGAACCUUAACCUUCCCCCAGGGCCACGGAUGCUUCCUUUUCUGGGAAGCAUGCACCAUCUUCUUAUUGGCUCUGAAAACCAACCCAACAUCACCCUCAGAAACUUAGCCCAAAAGUAUGGCCCUCUCAUGCAUCUCAAGCUCGGAGAAAGAUCAACCAUCGUGGUUUCUUCCCCUGAUGUUGCCAAACAAGGGUUCAAAACCCACGACCUCAUAUUUGCUCAAAGACCCAAUCUUCUCAGUGCAGAGAUCUUCCUGUACAAUUCCACUGAGAUUGCUUUUUCCCCCUAUGGACUCUACUGGAGGCAUCUGAGGAAACUAUGUACGCUCCAAUUGUUCAGUCCCAAACGAGUAAGAUCAUUCCAAUCCAUAAGGGUAGCAGAAGUGGGAAAACUUGCAAGAGACAUUUCUAUGAACAUCGGGCGUGCAGUGAACCUGGGGGAGAAGAUCUAUGCAAUGACGUUCGCAAUCGUUACAAGAGCAGCUUUUGGGGAUACGUGUAAAGAUCAAGAGGCGUUUAUUUCGGUUGUGAAGGAGAUGGUUACGAUGGUUCGGCUUCAGGGUUUCGCUGUCAACGAUCUUUUUCCAUCGAAGAAGUGGCUUCAGGUGAUCACCGGAGAGAGGCGGAGAUUCGAGGAGAUUCACCGGAAAUGUGACGCCCUGCUUCAGAAGUUGAUCGAUGAGGGAGUGUCAACGAGUGGGGAGGGAGAAGAAACAGAGAGUCUUCUGUAUGAUCUGUUGAACUUGAGAGAUCGCAGUGGACCAGAAGAAUCUCGCUUGACCAUCAACGACGCCAAAUCUGUAAUUCUGGACGUGUUCAUUGCUGGAACUGAAACAUCAUCUACACUGUUAAAAUACGCAGUUCUAGAAUUGCUGAGAAACCCAGAACUGCUAAAGAGGGCGCAAGCAGAAGUGAGACAAGUGUUCAACAAGCAAGGUCAUGUGAGAGAAGAAGAGCUUGAUGAACUCAAGUACAUGAAAGCUGUGUUGAAAGAGACCAUGAGGCUUCACCCUCCAUUGCCAUUGCUGGUUCCAAGAGAUAGUAGUGAGAGUUGUGAGAUUAAUGGAUUCACAAUACCCCCAAAAACCCAGAUGCUUGUGAUUGCAUGGGCCAGUGGGAGGGAUCCAACUCGGUGGGACAGAGCAGAAGAGUUUGUGCCAGAGAGGUUCUUGGAGUCUGAGAUUGAUUAUAAAGGUCUGAACUUUGAGCUCAUCCCUUUUGGGGCAGGAAGGAGGAUUUGCCCUGGAAUCACUCUUGCUCUUGCUAAUGUUGAGCUUCCUCUUGCUAAUCUUCUGUUCCACUUUGACUGGCAACUUCUUGAUGAGCACACAGCAACUCUUGAUCAAGAUCUCUUGGCCGUUCCUGUUUCUUACCAUCAUGCCCCUUCUUUAGGGGAAAGUUACAUCUAG